CGUGUGAAGACGGAGACAUCAAAUGCGGGUGCGACGUCCUCUAAAGAAUGGAUAUAUGAUGGCGAUUACCCUGUGAUCAACUUGAGGCGGUGUUGCAUAACAAGUCGAGGGAUAUUUUCGAUUUUUUUGUGCGAGCGCUGACGUCCCCCCAAAAAAGGAGUGUCCUGUAAAGUAUCGCAUUACGGAAAAGAUCCAAAUUCGCUAAACUAUAGACCUGCUUAAAAUCAUCCCACAUAAUAAACAUGAUAAUUAACCGUGUAAAUGAUGUGGUCCAAACAUCCCCGGAGCAUUAUUUUUCACAUCGAUUUGAUCUAGCGAAUUUGUACCUUGUGUCACUAUCGGAAAAUUAUCUAGAUACUUAUUAUAGGUAGGUAAUAGGUAUAGGCAGGGGCAGACUGGCCCGCACCGACCUACUGUCCUGUAGGAUAGUAGGUCCUACGAGGACACGGGGCCCUUCAUUAAUAAGCACCAAGCGGCCAUAAUUAAGGGAUAGCACAUUUUAAAUCAUUAUUAUCUUCAACUGUAAUUUCUGAAUUUUAUAAUAAUUUCAAAUUUUAUAAAAUACUAUAAAUCGAUACUCCUCCUUGAUAAUAUAUUAUUGGUGUGAUUACAGUUGAAACUAUGUUACUUUUAAGUUUUAUGGUAAAAACACUAAUUUCUUCUCUGAAUUUUUUCUGAAUUAAAUUAGGAGGUUAAUAAGCUCUAACAGGCCCAAUCCGCCCCUGCUACUACCUUUGGCACCUACCUUUUGAUAGGUAAUCGUUACAUAAUCAAUAUUCAACGGUACUACGCGUCUAUACGUAAUGUCGACUUGAAUUAAAAAUAUCAUGUUCUAGCUCGCCAAUAAAAUAUUAUAUAUCUAGUAUAGUUUCCAAUGUCAAAUUAUUUGAGAAGAAGAAUAAAGUGGGUGUGCGUGUUAAGAACUGUCAGCUUAAACUUCCAAGACCGGAACUUUAAACACUAAUAACUAGUCCACGUAUAAUAUUAUAAUAAAAAAUAUUACCGCAAGGCGAAAAUUCAGGUGCAUACCGGUACAUACCUUUUUGCGCAAGCUGUAUGCGUUGACUCCGAUGAAUGUAAUAAUAAUAUUAUUUAUGAUUUCAAGUACAGUCGUACAGAUUCGGUUGAAAUUAUUAAUAAACGUUUGGUAAAACUUUGAUUUUCGUGUUGAUUAAUACUUGGAUGUGGCGUGAUCUGGCGGUUGCCCGGGUUAAACGCGUUCCGAUCGGGCACCGGUGACUGGCGGAACGGCGAGAGCAGAAUAUUCCAACUCAAUAAUAAUAAUUAUAUUAAACUAUAAAUAAAUUAUAAUAUUAUUUUUCCGUAUUGUAUUGAUUUUCAGAAUGAUUUUAUUUUUAUUUUAUAAUUACAUUGUACCUAACCUGUUUAUCGGCUCGAACUUACGUUGAUAAUAUUAUAUAUAUUACUUAUCCAGGUACAUUUUUUCGUUCGAAUGUGACGCGUUUUAAUGCGUCGUUAUAUAAUAUUAUUAAGUACUUAUAGUACAACUUGCACAAUAUAGCACCCACCGGCGGCCACUUAGGUACCUAUAAUGGUAGUUAAUUAUUUAUUAUGACACUUCGCACAGUGCACACUCGUAUAUCGAUGCAGUGUAGACUAUAUUAUUCAGAACCAUAGACAUGUAGAUAUUAACAAGAGUACAAGACAUUAAUAAUCGGCCAGGGACGAUUGAAAGACCUAGCACUUGCCGCCCGCGCCCGAACAAUACGAUAAAUUAUUAUUAUUUAUUAAUAACCGAACCGAAAAAAAUUAUCAAGGUGGGGGGGGGGAUAAUAAUAUUAUUAUUAUUAUUCGCUUCGUUACGUAAUUCAGUACUUAUCCGUUUCGGACGUUUUUUAUAAUGAUUUUAUUUUUCAUUUAUUAUCGGUCGGUGUUGUUUUAUUUUGUGGCGGGGAGCUCCGAUUGGACAACGGCUGCAGCUGUUGAUAAAAAUAAAUGUGAUAACAAUACCUGACUUUUAUUCAGUGUUUCUAUGAUAUUUCUAAAUGGUAAAUUGUUGAAUUGUUCGGAACGAUUGAUCGACGAAUCCCGUAGGCUGUAAUAAUAAAAUUGUAUUAUUAUUCUUCCGAGACUAUUUACCGCAGACAAACUAUAGUAACUACGUUUUUUUUUUUUUUUAUCAGUAACAAUAACUUUGUAUACUACACCUAAUAUUAUACAAUAUUGUAUUAUUUCAUUCAAUAGCUAAUUAUUUAUAGGUACUUAAUACAAUUAGGACUUUAUAGGUGUUUUGGAUACUCAAAACCGUUUCAUCGCAAAGUGACUGAUUGAUAUUCAUUUUUUUAGAAUGAUGAGUUUAUAAACUUAACUAUUGUACACUUGUGAAUUAUUUUUUUAAGUAAAUCGCUUAGUUAAAAUCUUUUAAAAAUGGAAAACGCAAGUACCGGCCAACGUUCAUCUUCCUGCAGUCAAGAAACAUCUGAGCAGAAACAUUGUUGGGUUUGUUUUGGUACUGAUGAUGAUGAUUAUGAAAGUAACAGAGAUUGGGUGUCACCAUGUAAAUGUCGCGGUUCCACACGAUGGGUUCAUCAGGAUUGUGUUCAACGUUGGGUUGAUGAAAAACUGAAAGAAAAUCUUAGUGUUAAAGCACAUUGCCCUCAAUGCCACACACAAUAUAUUAUUGUGUAUGAUGAAGUCAAUUACUUUGUUCGAAUACUAAACAAACUUGAUAAGACAGCUAAUCAGCUAUGUCCUUUUUUGGCAGCUGGUGUUGUGGUCAGCACUCUUUAUUGGUCAGCAGCUUCUUAUGGAGCAAUAACGAUGAUGCAGGUAAUGGGUGAAAGAGAAGCUAUAACAAUGAUGGAGAAUACAGAUUCAUAUAUGUUGCUCUUGGUGUUGCCAUCAAUACCUCUCAGUCUAAUUUUAGGCAAAACGAUUAAUUGGGAGGAAACCUUACUGUUAUUUGUGCAGAGAUUUACUUCACAACUACCCUUGUUAAGAACCAUCAUGCCUUCGUUUUUGUGUGAACCUGUUAACAAUUCAACGAGUACAGUCCAAUUCAAUUCAGUCGUUAAUCCAACAACUACUCUUUGCGCUGCACUUUUAUUGCCAACUACGGCCACCGUAGUUGGAAAUUUAUUAUUUGACAAUAGUUCAUAUUCUUAUUUACAAAAGACUUUAUUGGGUGGGUUAGUGUACAUUGCAGUAAAAGGUGUAUUUAGAAUAUAUCAAAGACAACACAAUAUUAUAAAAGAAAGAACACGUAAAGUCAUUGACUAUCCUGAAACUGAUACUGAAGAAAAUAAUUAAAAAUCUGUACCAUAAUCCAAUAUUUGUUUACAUCACUUGAAACAUAUAACAUCUUAAAAUUGUACAUAAAUAUGUAAACAUAUAUUUAAAAAAAAGUAAAUUGUAUUUAGAAAAAAUUUAAUUUAAUUUUUAAUAAUCAACUAUCAAAAUUACAAAUGUUUAUACAUUUAGCCCAGAAUGAAUAAUAUCAUAUAACCUAAAA